UCGAAUAAAAGCUAAUUUAACUGCCAGCAACUUAAGUAAUUUCUUGGCAGCCAUCAAAACGCUGCUGGCUAAUUGGCCAAUCACAGUGGAUGGCAUUGAAUCAAAGUGCCAGAAGCAGAGGCGACACAGUCACAGGCACAGUUCAAACAAUUAAAAUCAUAAAGCUCAUCGCAGCAGAAGUGAACGCAAAAGCGAAAGCGAAUUGAAAUACACAAAGACCAAAGUCAAGAUAACGGACAAGAUAAACGAAACUAAUGCUCUGAGCGAGAGAGAAACAAGUCGAGAGGAAGAAGCAGAAGAAGAGGAGCUGUGGGGAUGUGCUUGUGGAAAUUAAGAAAAACCCGACUCGGAAUGCAGCCUGUGUCACAGACGAGUGCAACUUCCGGUGCAUAAAUGAAAAUAAAUACCAAAACAAACUGAGAAACUGUCAGCAGCAGGCGGCGAACGAAGAAGAAGAAGAAGAAGAUUGCAAGGAGCACUGGACGCUGGCCAGUUGGAGCGACAAAUGUUAGCCAAACGGAUGUGUAGAUUAGGCCAGAACAGUUGUCCGUCAGAUGUCUAAACAAUAGACACAACAACAACAAUAACAUCAGCAGCAGCAAACAAACAGCAGCAACAACAACAACAAACAGUCGGGCAAUAUGUGCUGCAGUCGAAGAGGAGCAAGAAGAGCAACCGAAACAAGUACAACAUCCGGCAAUGCGUCGGCUGACCUCAUCGUCGUCGUCGUCGGCCGGAGCAUGUCCUCCUGGCUGUGGACGAGGAUGUGGCUGUGGCUGUGGCAAGGACAACGUUUAAGCUUGCGCAUAUUUAAAGUUUUGAUUAGCUGCUGGAUUCUAAUGUGCUGCAUUUACACAAAUGCCUGGCAAGCGUCCAUCGGUCUUCAACUUGGCGUCAUGGCCGGCAGUAUCAAGGGACGCGGCGAUGCACAUCGCCUGGACGAGAUUGGUGCCGGCUCACUGACUCGCUCCUGGCUAACGCAAAGCAAUAAUCAUGCUAAUAUCUCCGAGCUGCUCGACAAUUUGUUGCGUGGCUACGACAAUAGCAUUCGACCCGAUUUUGGGGGUCCCCCGGCUACAAUAGAAGUCGACAUAAUGGUGCGUAGCAUGGGUCCCAUAUCGGAGGUGGAUAUGACAUAUUCGAUGGACUGUUACUUUCGGCAAUCCUGGGUGGAUAAACGUCUCGCCUUUGAGGGUGGCCAGGAUACGCUGGCGCUGUCAGUGUCAAUGUUGGCGCGCAUUUGGAAGCCCGAUACGUAUUUUUACAAUGGCAAACAGAGCUAUUUGCACACGAUUACCACGCCGAAUAAGUUCGUUCGCAUCUAUCAGAAUGGACGCGUUCUGUACUCGAGUCGUCUGACAAUCAAAGCCGGUUGUCCCAUGAAUCUCGCGGAUUUUCCCAUGGACAUACAGAAAUGUCCUCUGAAAUUUGGAUCAUUUGGCUACACCACGUCGGAUGUCAUUUAUCGGUGGAACAAAGAGCGUCCUGCAGUUGCCAUUGCUGAGGACAUGAAAUUGUCACAAUUCGAUUUGGUCGAUUGUCCGGCGGGUAAUUUGACGGACAUUGUUUACAAGGCAGCCGCACCCAUGCCCCAGGGCUACAACAACAAGGACACGCUGUCACCCAAGCAGACGCCAAACAGCAACAGCAACAACAACAACAAGGCAAUGACCACGUUCGCUGGUCCUGGUGCCAAAAAUCAACAUGUACGCGGCACUGGCUUAAAGCUAGACAAAGGUGCCUUCGGUUCGGGACGGGGCGUGGCAGGAGGCGGUGGCCUUGUCACAAAUCUGGCGGGCAGCAUCACCCUCGAAACGCAUCAUCCGUCGGAAUACUCCAUGCUGAUGGUCAACUUUCAUCUGCAGCGACACAUGGGCAACUUUCUCAUCCAGGUCUACGGACCCUGCUGUCUCCUCGUCGUUCUCAGCUGGGUCUCCUUUUGGCUGAAUCGCGAGGCAACCGCCGAUCGAGUUUCCCUCGGCAUUACCACAGUGCUGACCAUGACAUUUUUGGGAUUGGAGGCACGCACUGAUCUGCCCAAGGUGUCGUAUCCCACUGCCUUGGAUUUCUUCGUCUUUCUCUCGUUUGGCUUCAUCUUUGCCACCAUUCUGCAGUUUGCUGUUGUGCAUUAUUUCACCAAAUACGGCUCGGGCGAGUGUUAUUUCAUUAUCGAGGAACUCGACUCGGAUUCGGCCGAGUCCGAGACGGAUGUCGAUGCCAGCGGACAGUCGGAUUUCCGCAGCAGCAGCGAGUCCAAGAUCUACGAGGUAAUACCAUUGUCCAUGUGCGCCAUCAAUAUGCCCAGUGCUGGCAAUCCGAGUGGCAUGUUGCGCUCCAGACGCAGCACACGUAAUCGUCGACACGGCUUGGGAGGCUCGAGCUUCUGGCGCUGUCUGGAUUGGUUCAGCUGGCGACGCCGACAGCGGCGUCCCAAGCGCAAGGCCACCUGCUCCGAUGACGACGACGACGAGGAUGAUGAGCAGACGCAGCUGCGUGCCGACGAAGCACCUUGCACCUCGGCAGCUGCGGCGGCGGCGGCUGCAGCAGCAGCUGAGCAGAAUUCUCCGCCUGUGGUGGGACGUCGACGCAUGUCCUUCUAUCGGCGGGAGGAGUUGGAGGCACGUCGCAAGGGCAAACGGACGCCGCAAUACAAUUCGGUAUCGAAGAUCGAUCGUGCCUCGCGAAUUGUGUUUCCGCUGCUCUUCUUUCUGAUCAAUGUGUUCUACUGGUAUGGCUAUUUGUCGCGUAGCUCACGCAUUUUGGCCAAUACGCCGACGAGCACCUGAUGUUACCUUUUAGCAAUUUAGACACAGUCCUUAAAGAAAUCAACGCAGCGUUGCAGCAGCGGCAAAGGGGCAAGAGUGUGAAUGUUAAAAGGGCAGGAGAGGAAAGUGGAGAAGAGUGAAAUAGAGUUGAAAUUUAUCGAUGAUUUAUGGCUUCAGUUAUUUGCUCUUUACCUGAUUUGCUAAACGAACGCUUCAUGGGAUUUCUUUACGCGCUAAAUUGCUAUGCAGACACUUGCUAAACCGAUAAAAUGAUAAAAACAUAUCACAGGACUACAAACAGCACAAGAAUACUUGACUCUUGUGGAGUAUUUCAAGUGCACCUCUUAUAUUAUAUAU